GAGACGAGCUGUUUGCUUAUUUUAACAAGGCUGCCUAACUAGACCUGAGGACACGGGAUGUACUAUGAACCCUUUCCUAGAAGCUCUGUCUGUGUGUGCAUGUAUAGGAUGAGGGUGUGGUCAUGGGAACAGUGUGGGGAGACUGGCGUGGUCCUGCUGGGCUUCCUGACGCUGGCUGUGUCCGUUGGGAACCUGUCCACCAGGGGGCUGCAGGAGGACGGCGUGGCGUCCAACAGUCUCGAGGAGGAGCUGGAGGUGAACACGUACUGGUGGGGGGAGUGGGCCAAGUGGACAGCCUGCACUCGUACCUGUGGAGGGGGAGUGAUGUCACAAGAGAGACACUGCCUGAAGCAGAGAAAGAAAACUGCUGCUGGGAAGGACAACAUGACCUGUACAGGAACUGCUAAGAAAUAUCAUCUCUGCAACACUAAAGAAUGUCCUGCCACUGGGAGGAGCUUCAGAGAGGAGCAGUGCUGGUCCUUCAACUCGCAGCUUUACAAUGGGAGGAACUACCACUGGAAACCUCUGUAUCCCGACGACUAUGUUCACAUCUCCAGUAACCCCUGCGACCUCCACUGCACCACCACUGACGGCCAGAGGCAGCUGAUGGUGACAGCUCGUGACGGCACUUCCUGCAAGUACAGUAGUUACCGCGGUGUCUGCGUGGAUGGUAAGUGUGAGCCAAUCGGAUGUGACGGGGUACUGUUUUCCUCCAACACCUUGGAUAAGUGUGGGGUCUGUCAGGGAGACGGCAGCAGCUGCAGCAGAGUUACCGGAAACUUCCGCCGCGGGGCCAUGACUCUGGGUUACUCAUUUAUCACUCAAAUCCCAGAGGGAUCGUGGGACAUCCAGAUCAUUGAGAGGAAGAAGUCAGCUGAUGUUCUAGCUGUGACCGACCAGGCGGGCAACUUCUUCUUUAAUGGCGCCUACAAAGUGGACAGCCCCCAGAACUUCCACGCCGCAGGAACCGUUUUCAAGUACCGCCGGCCCAUGGAUGUGUACGAGACCGGAAUUGAGUACAUUGUCGCCAAAGGUCCCAUCGACCAGGCCAUUAAUAUUCUGGUGUGGAACCAGAAUGGUCGCACGCCGUAUAUCACCUACGAAUACACCGUCCUCCGAGACUCCCUGCCACCUGUCCCACCUCCUCCUGUCUACACGGGUUCAGACACCUCAGCUGGAGAGGUGUCCGUGGAGGUGGGGCGUCUGCUGGCCCCUAACAGCAGCAUUUAUGACCAGGCAGUCCCUGAGGGCCAGUUGCAGCCAGGAGGUGCAGAGGGGCAGAAUGGCCAAGAGACCAACGAGGUGUAUGAGGAGUCAGCAGCCAUCGACUGUGACCAGGAUGCAGCAGCUGCUCCCAAAUUUUCAGAGGGAAACAGCAGCCACCUAGGCAGCACUGCCAUCCCAGUCCCUGCUGGUGGGCCCCUGGAUACGGGGCCAGACUCCCCAAACCUCAUCUGGAGGGUCCUGCUGGACGGCCGGAUUGGCCCCGAUGAGCUGCUUAUCAACAUCUCAACCAAUCAGCUGCUGACAGAGGGAGACGGUUUGUUUUCAUCCGAGGUGGGACCGGCAGAGAUGGACCUGAGCACCCUGGAGCAAGACGGUUCGUUUGGUCUCAACGAUACGCUGGAAUUCACGCUGGGUCGCAAACGUAACGACAGCGGAGAUGGUUCCAACCAGAACAAAACAGUGCAGGGUGGAGGGAGGACGUCCAGCCGCUCCAACAGAACCAGGGGAAAUCAAAGGCUCAACCCGAAGAACCUGAAGCUGAGUGCCGCUGACAUGUACCGCUGGAAACUGUCCUCUCAGGAGCCCUGCAGCAUGACCUGCUCUAUAGGAGUGUCAAAGUCCUUUGUCACAUGCAUUCGUUAUGACGGCAUUGAGGUGCACGACAUGUACUGCGAUGCUUUGACCCGACCGGAGCCGGUCCACGACUUCUGUAUUGGGAGAGAAUGUCAGCCCAGAUGGGAGGCGAGCAGCUGGAGCGAGUGCUCGAGAACCUGCGGGGAGGGUUUCCAGUUUCGACAAGUUCGCUGUUGGAAGAUGCUCUCGCCGGGCCUGGACAGCUCCGUCUACAGUGACCUCUGCACCAUGGCUGACCUGGAGAGACCUGUGGAGAGACGGCCCUGCAAGAGCCCCGCCUGUGGCCCACAGUGGGAGGUGGCCGAGUGGAGCGAGUGUCCUGCUAAAUGUGGCCGUAAAGCCCAGGUGACCCGUGAUGUCCGCUGCUCCGAUGAGACCAGACCGUGUGACCCGAUGACCAAACCGGCAAACAUCAAAAACUGCACCGGUCCACCCUGCGAACGCCACUGGACCGUGUCCGAGUGGGGACCUUGCUCGGGGUCGUGCGGCCAGGGCAAGAUGGUGCGUCACGUGUACUGUAAGGCUCCGGAGGGUCGCGUGGUCCCUGAGAACCAGUGUUCUGGAGAGGACAAGCCGCUGGCCAUCCACCCCUGUGGGGAGAGAGACUGUGCUCCACACUGGCUGAGCCAAGACUGGGAGAUGUGUAACACGACCUGCGGUCGAGGCGUGAAGCGAAGGACCGUCAUGUGUGUCGGCAUCAGUGGAGGAAAGUUCCAGAUCUUUGAUGAAGAGGCGUGUGGAGGCAGCGAGAAGCCUGAAGAGGAAAACACCUGCUUUGAGAGGCCGUGCUUCAAAUGGUACACCACCCCCUGGUCUGAGUGCACGAAGACGUGCGGUGUGGGUGUGAGGAUGAGGGACGUCAAGUGUUACCAGGGCAGGGAGCUGGUCCGAGGCUGCGACCCCCUCACCAAACCGGUGGCCAAACAGACCUGCACCCUGCAGGCCUGCCCCACUGAGCCGCCAGAUGAGAGCUGCCAGGAUCGUCCCUCCACCAACUGCCUGCUGGCGCUGAAGGUCAACCUGUGCAGCCACUGGUACUACAGCAAGGCCUGCUGCCACUCCUGCCGCGCCAUACGACCUCCGAUCUCCUAGUUCAGGGCAGCACUGCCCCGCUCCACCCCAGCUCUAACUCCAGCAUGAGGAAAGAAAGGGGUACGUUUACGUAUAUGUGGUCGACAGUCACUAUGAAACAGUGAGAGGAAGCUGAAAGUUGGAGGCUCUUACCUGUUUGUAAGAAACUGACUUUGCUCAAAUGAAAUAGGGUCAAUCAGUCCUGUUUAUGCAACAUUAACUGCAAUAUUUACACAUAAAACAAAAACACUUUUGUCAUUUAUUUAUUCGUUUUCUUAUUUCUUUUCCAUUUUCUCUUUCCAAACUUUCUGACUGAAAUGUGUUUCUGGAAUAAAUAGAGAACCAGGCAAAAAGCUGUUUGUGUUUUGAGCAAAACUACUCUAGCACUCAGUUUAGAUUUUUUUAGAUUUGAUUAGAUGCUUCUUGAGUGGAGAGAAGUUCUAACAUAUUAAAAGUUACGUGUGUGGGUCUUUAGUGAAACAUGAAAAAACCUGUUGCAGCCUUUCGUCUCAAGACCUCGGAAACAUUUGAAAACAGAUUCAGGAACCAAACUUCUUUUUUCUUUCAGAAAACUAUUCACAUUUUGGGCCCACAGCCGCCCCUCCCACCACUCCUCCACACCAACACAAAGUAUAACAUGAGCACAAUCGCUAUUCUCAUUAUGAUUAAACUGUGUCUCGCCCGUAAAGCCAGUUGUUAUCGGCUGUUAUUGAUCAUUCGUCUUCCUCUAACAACACAUGGAGCUGGAGACAAAGUGGAGUCAGCACUCAAACGGUCUUACAGACGCCCGCCAUCAGUUGACGGCGUCCUCUUGUUGUGUUCAUCGCUGCAAUGACGAGAUGUAUUAAAUUAUUUCUCAACAGAAUAUACUGCAUGACUAGAAUAUUUAAUACAGAUACUGUUUAUGAAAUAUUAUUUAAUUAUGUUUCAGUCUGGUGUCUGGCAUGUAAAAAGUUCCUUUUUCCAUUUCACCCCCUGCGACUUGGCGCCACGCCAGUUCGCCUGGAGGAUGUGGAAGCAUAUUUAUUAGUCAUAGCACAUUUUCAUUUAUCGUGACGCUCCUGAUGCCAGCCGAUGGUUACUCAUCGGGUCAACUGAUGCCAGCUCUGGUCUGUGUGUGUGACGGAGGAGGAGAGAGCUCACACAGACACAGAGAGACACAUUCCUGACACUUGAAGUACGGUCGAAAUGUAUUCAGACGUGUACAUGUAUGUCUCAUUUUUAACUAUUGCGUACUGUGUUUUUUAUAUAACUGAUACCUCUUUGUACAAAACAAAGUGUUGUGUACUGUUGAUAAUAAAGUGAAGUCCCAAUGGUACUGACUUGUAUUUCAAUUAAA